AAGGAACCAACAACCUUCCUUCUCAUUCAUACAAAAUCCAAAACUUCGAUCGAAAAACAAACCCAGAUAUCCUUUUAGCCUCUAUCAAUGGCUGAUCACUCCGACGAUUUAGAUGAACUGCUCGAUAGCGCUUUGGACGAUUUUCAGAAUCUCAACCUUAAUUCUUCUGUUCAAAGGAGUGAAGAUGGUGGAGAGAAGCCUGCUUUGACCGGUGGGGUUCAGGGUUUGGGUGUUGGGUUGCCUGAUUUGAGAAGUAAGAAGAAAGGGAAGCAGAAGGUGUCAAAGGAAUCUCAUGUUUCAGAGGCGCUUGAGAAGCUGAGGGAACAGACUCGAGAGGCUGUAAGGGAGUUAGAGUCGGCGACGGGGAAGGCCGGUGUUGAUGAUUUGGGUGUUGAUGAUUUGGGGAAGGAUAGAAUGAUGGAGGAUUUUGUUAAGCAGUUUGAGGAGCUUUCUGGGUCUCAGGACAUGGAAUCUAUUGUCGAGACUAUGAUGCAGCAACUCUUGUCUAAGGAGAUUCUUCAUGAACCUAUGAAAGAAAUAGCAGAAAGGUAUCCAAAGUGGUUGAAGGACCAUGCAUCUGGUUUGAACAAAGAAGAAUAUGAUCGCUACAGUCGCCAAUAUGAGCUCAUAAAAGGUCUAAAUGAAGUUUAUGAAAAGGAUCCUGGUAACUUCACCAAGAUUGUUGAACUCAUGCAGAAAAUGCAGGAAUGUGGCCAACCUCCUAAUGAUAUUGUGCAUGAGCUUGCUCCAGAUCUAGACCUAACCAAUCUUGCCCAAUUGUCUCCAGAGAUGCUUGAAUCUCAGUCCAACAACUGUUGUAUAAUGUAAAAGAUGAUUCAACCUCUCUCUCUCUCUCUCUCUCUCCCAAUUGCCUUUCGUUUUUUGCUUUUUAGAGUUCUUUUGCAAGAUGUGGAGAAUACGUUGAUUUCAUUUGA